AAUCUUCAACGCUCAAUAAAAGUGUACGGUGGGCGGCAGGAUUCAAUAUUCUGAAAAGUGACUGCAAGAACGGUUGAUCGCAAGACAAGCGAAGUGAUAUUUUUUGUAGUUCUACCGUGUGCGAAUAUACGAGAAUAAAGUUAUCGAAGUAUUAAUUGUGCAAUUGUACUAAGAAAUAACAGUUUUACCGUAUUAUUUGCGCAACUUUUUGAUUGUGACAAAUUUUGUAAAAAAAAGGAUCCAAAAUGACAGAAGACGUGACCAUGGUUGAGAAUGGAGGAGAGGUCGAAACCUUCGCCUUUCAAGCCGAAAUUGCUCAGUUGAUGAGCCUUAUUAUUAAUACUUUCUAUUCCAACAAAGAAAUCUUCAUCCGAGAACUGAUUUCCAAUUCAUCAGAUGCAUUGGACAAAAUUCGUUAUGAAUCUCUCACAGAUCCAUCCAAGCUGGAUACAUGUAAAGAGUUGUUCAUCAAGAUCAUCCCAAAUAAAAAUGACCGUACACUGACUAUUAUCGAUUCAGGUAUUGGUAUGACAAAGGCUGAUCUGGUGAAUAAUUUGGGAACCAUUGCAAAAUCUGGUACAAAGGCUUUCAUGGAAGCAUUACAAGCUGGUGCAGACAUCUCCAUGAUUGGGCAAUUUGGUGUUGGUUUCUACUCUGCAUAUUUGGUAGCUGAUAAAGUGACUGUUAUUUCUAAGCACAAUGAUGAUGAACAAUACGUAUGGGAGUCAGCAGCAGGUGGUUCAUUCACUGUAAGACUUGAUAAUGGAGAACCGCUUGGACGAGGAACCAAAAUCAUUCUGCACAUCAAGGAGGAUCAGACAGAGUAUCUGGAAGAAUCAAAAAUUAAAGAAAUUGUAAAGAAGCAUUCACAGUUCAUUGGCUAUCCAAUUAAAUUGCUAGUCCAGAAAGAGAGAGAAAAGGAACUAAGCGAGGAUGAGGAAGAAGAACCAACCAAGGAUUUAGAAACUGAAGAUGAGAAGCCUAAAAUUGAAGAUGUUGGUGAGGAUGAAGACGAGGAUAAGAAAGAUGAAAAGAAGAAAAAGAAAAAGACUAUUAAGGAAAAAUACACAGAAGAAGAAGAACUGAACAAAACAAAACCCAUCUGGACUAGGAAUCCUGAUGAAAUUACUCAAGAGGAAUAUGGUGAAUUCUAUAAGAGCUUGACAAAUGAUUGGGAAGACCACCUAGCUGUGAAACACUUCUCAGUGGAGGGUCAAUUGGAAUUCCGUGCUUUACUGUUCAUUCCCCGUAGAGCACCUUUUGACCUCUUUGAAAAUAAGAAACGUAAGAACAACAUCAAGCUCUAUGUAAGACGAGUCUUUAUCAUGGACAACUGUGAAGAUCUUAUACCUGAAUAUCUCAACUUUAUCAAGGGUGUGGUAGACAGUGAAGAUCUUCCACUGAACAUAUCUCGUGAAAUGCUCCAACAGAACAAAAUUCUCAAAGUUAUCCGUAAAAACCUUGUAAAAAAAUGUUUGGAACUCUUUGAAGAAUUAGCUGAAGAUAAAGAGACUUAUAAGAAGUGCUACGAGCAGUUCAGCAAGAAUAUAAAAUUGGGCAUUCAUGAGGACAGUCAGAAUAGGAAGAAGUUAGCAGAUUUAUUGCGCUACCACACUUCUGCAUCAGGAGAUGAGGCUUGCUCUCUCAAGGAAUAUGUAGGACGUAUGAAGGAGAAUCAGAAACACAUCUACUACAUCACUGGUGAGAGUAAGGAUCAAGUAGCCAAUAGCUCCUUUGUAGAGCGUGUCAAGAAACGCGGUUUCGAAGUCAUUUAUAUGACUGAACCCAUCGACGAGUAUGUUGUUCAGCAGCUGAAGGAGUACGACGGCAAACAAUUGGUAUCAGUCACCAAGGAGGGUCUGGAGUUACCAGAGGAUGAGGAAGAAAAGAAGAAGCGUGAGGCGGACAAAGUCAAAUAUGAAAACCUUUGCAAGGUCAUGAAAGACAUCCUUGACAAGAAAGUUGAGAAAGUUGUUGUGUCCAACAGGCUAGUUGAUUCUCCAUGCUGCAUUGUAACAUCCCAGUAUGGAUGGACAGCAAAUAUGGAGAGGAUUAUGAAAGCCCAGGCACUCCGUGACACCUCAACUAUGGGAUAUAUGGCAGCCAAGAAACAUUUAGAAAUCAAUCCGGAUCAUCCGAUUAUUGAAACACUGAGACAGAAAGUUGAGGCUGACAAACACGAUAAGUCUGUUAAGGAUCUGGUAAUGUUGCUCUUUGAGACUGCUCUCUUGUCUUCAGGAUUUGCCUUGGAAGAUCCUCAAGUCCAUGCAUCAAGAAUUUACAGAAUGAUCAAAUUGGGUCUCGGUUUUGAUGAUGACGAUACGCCAGCUGUAGAGAUUGAAGAAAUGAGCACUGAGGCUCCACCAUUAGAAGGCGAGUCAGAGGAUGCAUCUAGGAUGGAAGAAGUAGAUUAAAAAUUUGAUCGUUUCUUUUCUGACAUCUUCUGAAAAAUCCAAAGACACGUUAUGUUGUGUAAGUCGUAGGGAGAAGACUGUUUAUCGUUACUUUUCAAAGUAUUUAAGUAUAUUUUAUGAAUAAGUCCAAUAGAUUCACGUAUUAUUGCAAAAAAGGUAAUAAAAUUAUAUUUAUUUUCAUAAGCGAGCAUCAUUACAUCUUCAGCCUUUGUAAAAACAUUUUUAUAUCAUCCUUUUUUUUUAGUCGAAUUUGAGUUAAUAGGUCGUUACUAAUUAUUAAUCAUUCCAGAAAUUACUGUUAAAAUAAGGUUACAAAAAAUUGCGUUUAUCUUGUGUUGUGCGCAAUAAAUACUCCAAUAUUAUA